UCUGGGGUGUGCGGGGCGGAAGUGGGUGCGGUUGCGAGGGGGAUCGCCGAGAAACGCAGGGCAGAAUGUCGCACAGGAGUUGUUUUCUUGGAGCAAGGACACCGCUGGAAGUGGAGCUGAUGGUGAAACAGCUGAAAGAUUUAGACAGAGAAAUCUUCCGAAAAAUACUCAAGACCGUCGUGAACGCACUCGAAGGAAAAGAUUCCAGAGAUGCUGUAAGGAGUAUCGCGGAGACAGAGAGCCUGUCAGAGGAGAGGUUAAGUCACAUCCUAGCUGGCAUGUACACACUGCUACAAGAAGCUCUACGGCUGCCACCAUCUUCCCUUAAGCAAGAGGUUUUUAAGGAAGAUUUACGAGAUAUAAGAAUUCCAGAGGAGCUUAUUUCAGACUUUGCAAGUGUUGUAUUUGGUAGCAGACGCUCAGUGUUGGACGCUGCAGCCUUGCAACAAGGGAACCGGUUGCCCAGUGUUGACGAUUUCAGAUGGCGAGUUGACGUGGCCAUUUCUUCCAGUUCCUUAACCCGUGCACUGCAACCAGCCGUACUGAUGCAGUUGAAGUUGUCAGAUGGAAACACUCAUCGUUUUGAGCUACCUGUUGCCAAGUUCCAGGAAUUACGUUACAAUGUCGCCCUGAUAUUGAAGGAAAUAAAUAAUUUGGAGAAAAAAAGCAUUCUCAGGAUUCAAGAUUAGUAUAUUUCACCUGGUAUCAUAAAAAACAAACUGGAAAUGAACUGGUGUGACAGGAAUUUGCCUGCCGUCAUCUACAGCAGACAAUUUAGCUUUGUACAACGCCCAGAGAACUGCUGCAUUAUUUCUAGUUUGUAUACAGAGGAGCUAAUUCAUGACGUGUGAUUUGAGAUUAUUGAUGCAUAGCAGGCUUGAAUGGGUUCCCAGUAUUCAAAAUGUCAAGCCUUACAAAACAAACCAGUGUGUCGAUCGUUGCUGGAGUAACUCAGCGGGUCAGGCAGCAUCUUUGGCGAGCAUGGAUAGGCGACGUCUUUGGUCAGGACCCUCUUGACACGAAAUGCCAGCUGUCCGUGUUCAAUUGAUGUUGAUUAAUAGUGUUGCAACUGGCUUGAUAGGUCAACUCAAACUCCAUUGUUGGUUUCCAGCAGUUCAUUUAAAAUGGUAGAUGACGUGAGAGAGAAAACAAAACCUGGAAAAAUAGAUGCCGCAACCUCAGUAAACAAUUAAGUAAACAAGGGAAAUGAUAAAAUGGGAAUAAGACCAAUCCUUGCAUUCAUAUUCCCAAUUUGAUAAAAUAUUUUUUGUUAAGUUCAAUCACAUUUAAGUUAAUGUAUGGUAAAAGAUUGUAUCAAUUGUUGUACUGAAUAUGUAAUAAAACCUGUAUUUGCCUUUCCUAUA